UCUCGUGUCUCGUGUCACAAUUCCAAUGUAACCUAUAUCUACAUUUUGUCAAAAACCUCGUCACCAGCAAUUAACUGAUAUUUUACUACCUUUUUAUGUAUAACGGAUUCAAAAACGUAUGUAAAUCGCAUUUGUAAAACGACGAGUUGUGUUAAUAUGCACCUACAUUCGUACAGUACCUAGUAUACACAUACACACACAGUGCACUGGGUACGGCGGACGACGGGUUUGUUCACCAACCUGUUGGAAGGGUGCAUUUGUCAUUGGACAUAUUUAAUGUAUAAUCAUUGGAAUAGUCUCGCAGCGGCUCCGGGGUCCGGUACAGCGGCCGCGGUUGAAGGUAUCUGUAAUUAGUUAUGGUGUGGGACGCGUCGGUGAAACCCCGCCGCACCGCGCCCCCGCGCCCCUGCCCACCACACGCCGCAACGAUUAAUGACGAAGCGCCUUUGUUUCCGGAACAACACGUAGCGCCGCGCGGUGUGUGCUGCGUGGCUACACUGACUAACUGACUACACUGACUACAUUGACUAUACUAACUACACUGGCCAAAUCCAUCGCCAUGACGCCCCAGCCAAGCAUCCGACGCCCUCACUUAUUGCAGCCUCUAGAAGCGUACCUGUUCCUACUCCAAUAAUAUAAAGUACCCAUGUUUAUAACACAGGUACAGUUCAACUUCAGGGAUUAUAUUCUCCGUUUGUAUCAAUUUGGAAAUAACAAACCGUAAGCACGUAACAGUUCCUGGAAACAUCGGUGCGGCGAUGGUUUACAUAGAGCAGCGCGUGGAGCAGCGCGAGCAGGCGACGGCGGGCGGCGGCACGUAGGCGGAGGCAGACGGCGGCGGCCGGGUCAAUACCGGGCAGUGAAUGGAAGCGGCGGGCGGCGGCCGCCGGGGGGCGCCGGCCGGGGGCGCCGGGGGGCGCCGGGCGAUCGAUGGGCGGCGGGUGGCGUCAGUCGCGGCCGGCGCGCCGCGCGGUGCUGAGGUGUCGCCCCCGCGCCGACGCGCGCGGCGCCCGCACCUGGGCCGCGCCUGACGCCCCCUCGCGAUCGAUACGCGCCCGCGCUACUCCUACCAUCGCGCCAACUGCGACGUCGGAUCGAUAACAUUAGCUUGCACUGUAUCGGACCGUGCCGACUCUUGACCCCGGACUGACAGAGGCUGCGAACUAAGGCACGACUUCCAUCAUUAGUUGGCCGUGUCGGUGGAGCUGCGGCAUGCCAGCACUGUGGAGGUGGGACGGCCGCGCCGGUCCAUUCAGUGGGAGCGGGGCAGCCUGUACCUGUGGCACGAGCACAACACGCACCCCCUCCCCACCCCGCCCCUCCGCUCUCGCCUCGCACCCGCACCCCCGCACGUCGAGUAUUAGAAUGUCAGUUAGGUUCUGUGGCUCAGUAGUUUCACUGCUCAGUUAGGUAAGUACAUACUAGGGGCCAGCCACAGAAGGGACCAGUCCGCAGUCCGAGUGGUUCAGUGGUGCAGUGGCCAGCCGGUGUCGGCGUGGAGUGCGGCCGGCGGGCGCGCGGGGGCGCGGGGGCGCGGUGCAGCUGCAGGAGUGGGAGGGCCAUGGGGCUGACACCUCGUGCCACCGACUGUCCCUCGACGUGCGCCCGGCGCCCGGCGCCCGGCGUGUAUACAUGCGGCGUUUGGCUGCCGCCACGCAUUGUCCUAGCCGACCGGAACGCCUUGUAACUGUUACUACUUGCUACCGUUUCACGUUUAAUUGCCAGAUGCGCACGUAUGCGUCGAGUUGUCUAACCAGCAACAGUAGGAAACAAUUACAAUGUCACGAGCGACUGUAGCAAUAUCCCACACUCCAGCUAUGUCGGAACUAAGUAUUUAGUAGGCGGCAGUAGACGGGCUGCAGGGCGGCGGCCGCUGCAUGUGGGCGGGCGGCGCCGCGGGCGCGGACGAGCGCGGGCGCUGCGUGCACCGCGCCAUGGAGCCCGGCGCCGGCGUGGCCAGCGUGGCCUCGCUCACCAUGGACUGCGAGGACAUGUUCAAGGAGAUCACCAAGAAGCUGUACGGAGAGGAGACCAGCGUGGGCGUGGGCGUGGUGGGCGUCGAGUUCCCGGCCGCCGAGCGCGACCUGGACGACGAGCUGCGCCCCGAGGAACACAUCACGGCCUGGGGACUCGCCGCGCUCAUGCAGAACGGGUUCCCGCCGCCCGGCAUACUGCAGGCGAACUUCAGCCCCCGCAUCGACCCGAGCGCCGAGGACCGGUGGACGGCGGCGGAGGAGCCGCUGGCGUGGGCCCACUCGCGCAUCGCGUCCUACAACCCGGCGCAGCGGCUGUUCAAGUGCGCCGACUGCGAGUGCGUGGGCUUCCUGGCGCGCGUGGCCGAGCACUGGCUGGGCACGCACUCGCAGGCGCGCGCCUUCACCUGUCCGCUGGCGGGCUGCGGCUUCGCGUCGGGCUGGGCGCGCGGCGUGCGCUCGCACCUGGCGCGCGACCACCACUCCGACCCCGCGGCCGCCGACCACCUGCUGCGCGACAACCCCGCGCUCGACGACCUCACGCGCUACCUGCAGCGCCUCAAGAACAAGGUGGAAGCCAUGCGCAACGAGCGCCGGCCGAGCACGGGCGACGCGGGCGUGGUGGAGGCGGCGGGCGGCGCGGGCGCCGGCGCCGCGGAGCCCGGCAAGCGGUACGUGUGCGGCGCCUGCCCGUACGCCACCGACCGGCGCGACCUGUUCACGCGCCACGAGAACAUCCACCGCGACGAGAAGCCAUUCCACUGCUACUUAUGCCAGAAGCAGUUCAAUAGAGCCGAUCAUGUCAAAAAACACUUCCUGCGCAUGCACCGUGACCAGCCAUAUGACUUGAACAGAAUCCGCCGCUCAUCUUCGAUCGUGAAGCCGAGCACAGCGCCGCCAGCGUUGCAUUACUACGGCAAGCCGGCCGGAGAGCCGCCACCCGCUGCGGCUCCGGCACCCGCCCCCGCGCCCCCGCCACCUCCUGCGCCCCCUGCGCCCACCGAGUACCGGCCGGCGCCCACCGUCAAGAUAGAACGCCCCCCACUUGGCAAGGCGGAGACUGGCGCAGCACUCCACAAGCCCGGCGCUUCCACGCCCGCAGCCGCAGCUGCUGCCGCCAUUCGUCGCAAGGGCGAGCGGCGCUACGCGUGCUGCUACUGCGCAUGGUCGGGAGUGGACAACUGGUGCCUGAAGCGGCACCUGAACACGCACCUCAAGCCGUUCGCGUGCGCGCUGUGCGAGUACAAGGCGGCGCGCGCCGAGCGCCUGGCCACGCACGUGCACAAGGUGCACAACAAGAAGGCGUGCGCCAAGUGCCCCUUCCUGGCCGACGACCAGCACCAGCUGGCGCACCACCUGCGCGACGCCCAUCACAUUGAGAGUCGUAAUCUAAAGGUGCCAUCUGGAGUGGGGCGCGCGGGCGGGGCUGGGGGCGCGGGGGGCGCAGCUGCAGCGGACCCGGCGGCCGGGGGCGCGGGCGCCGUGGGCGGCGCGGGGCGGCGGCGGGAGGCGCGCGCGGCUGGUGCGGCGCGUCUCUUCGGUUACCUGGAAGCGUCGGACGGGUCGGGCGACGAGUACGAGCCGCCCGUACUGGCGCCAGAAUUCGCAGCCGCGCCGGCGCCCCCCGCGCCCCACUACACCCGCGACAAGGAGAACGCGGCGCCGCUGCACCACGGGCUGCACCACGACCACUGCCUGCGCUACUAGCAGACGGGGGCGCGGCGAGCCGGGCCGGGCGCCGCCGCGCCCCCCGCCGCCGCCGACGACGAGUCCUGGCUGAGGAGACUCCUCACUGCCUGACGUACUGACGUACUGACGUCACCGGCCGGCUCCGGUCGCAGCGCGCGGCGCUUAGCGCUGCAGCCUCAUGCGACACUUGAUACUUUAUUUAUUAGCCAUAGCUACAUCUGAUUGGCAUAUGAUAAAAUUAGUAGCUAACUGUUAAAUAUAUUAAAUAAUAUUAAUACCUAAAUGCUUGUUCGAUGAUAAUAUGUACAAAAUACUUAUUAAUAAAGUUAUGCAUCCCACCGAUGUUA